GACCUGGAGCAGAGGUUCAGAGGGUCUGCUACCCACGGCACCGAGGGAGGGAGGAGGAAAGGGAGGGAGGAGGGAGGGGAGCGGCAGCGGGGAGUUCAGGUUACCGCGGCCGCAUCCCCGCCUUCCUCCGCUUCUGCCGCCGGAGCCGGCCCGAGGAUGAGCCCCUGGCUGGGCACAGCGGGGCUCCGGGGUGGCAGGGGGACAGCCGGGCAGCUGUAGCCCCGCAGAUCCCGCAGAUCCCGGCGGGAAGAGCCGCAGGGCCGGAGGAUGCGCUGCGGACGCCCGGGGUGAGGAGGCGCCGCUGCCUUCGGCAACUGCAGAGCAGCUGACCCAGCUUCAGAAAUGUGACUCAUGGCCCCUCCAGCAAAGGGAUCAGGAGCAGCUUCUGGGUUGGUGCAAGAGCCCCACGGGAGGCAGAGGUGAUGAAGAUGAGAGGAACCUGGCUGGCUGUGACCCUGGGACAGCUGCUGGCUCUGGGACACAGGCACAAAUGGAAAAACAUGAUGGAUUCCAGGAAGUUCAGGCUGUUUGUCUGCCUGGUGGGGCUCAGCAGCGCCAGCCUCUGGCUUUUCCACACCUGGACCGAGCUGUGCCUGUUCUGUGAGAGCAGCCAGGGCUACCUGCUCCCCACGGAGCCCUUCAGGAGAAUGGAAGGGAACUUCUCCCAGCUCCCAGACGUUGACUGCCACAAGGACCCCCCUUUCCUGGUGCUGCUGGUGGCGUGCUCGUUCCAGCAGCUGGAUGCCAGGAUGGCCAUCAGGCACAGCUGGGGCAGGGAGAGGACGGUGGCUGGGAAGCGCCUGGUGACCCUGUUCCUGCUGGGGAGCCCUGGGGAGCCCAGCCAGCAGGCUGGCCUGGCUGCUGAGAGCCAGACAUACAGAGACAUCAUCCAGAAGAACUUCACAGACACCUACUACAACCUGACCCUGAAAACCAUGAUGGGCAUGGAGUGGAUCCACAGGUUUUGUUCCCAGGCCAGCUUCGCCAUGAAAACUGACACGGACGUGUUUGUCAACGUGUUUUACCUCACCGAGCUGCUCCUGAGGAAAAAGAAGAGCACUGGGUUCUUCACAGGGUUUUUAAAACUGCAUGAGUACCCCAUCAGGACAAGAAGGAGUAAGUGGUAUGUGAGUAGGGAAGAGUAUCCAGGAGCGACCUACCCACCCUUUUGUUCCGGGACUGGAUAUGUUUUAUCCAGCGAUGUGGCCAGCCAGAUCUAUAACAUUUCUGAGAGUGUUCCCUUCAUCAAACUGGAGGAUGUGUUCAUAGGGCUGUGCCUGGACAAAUUAAAGAUUCAGCUGCAGGAGCUGCACUCGGAGCAGACGUUUUUCCCAGAAAGGAUCAGGUUCUCUGUUCCUCGCUUCAGGAAAAUCGUGACGUGCCAUGGGAUCAAACCUGCUGAGCAGAUGAGCUACUGGAACCACCUGGUGGCAGCCACCCAAGGAGGAGUGCUCUAGCACCUGCCCUGCCCCACUGAACAGACUGAAAUUCUCUGCUUUUACAGGGCUGCUCCCCACUCCAGCAAAAUCCCAAUGAACUCCAGCUCCGUCACGUUAAAGGAUUCAGAAAUGGUUAUUUUAAUCUCAGAAUGAGAGAAUGGUUAAUUGGAAAAGAUCUCCAAGAUCAUUGAGUCAAACCUUUGACUAAACACCACCUGGUCACCUAAACCAGAGCACUGAGUGCCACAUCCAGUCAUUCCUUGAGCAUCUCCCUGGGCAGCUCCUUCCAGUGCCCAAUGAUUUCCCAAUCCAGUCAGUCCUUUCCUUCCUUUCCUUUUCUUUUCAAAUCCUUCAUGGCAAUGAUUUCCUGCAUCCAGCCAUUCCUUGAGCACCUUCCUGGGCAGCCCCUUCCAGUGCCCAAUGAUUUCCCAAUCCAGUCAUUCCUUUCCUUCCUUUCCUUUUCUGUUCAAAUCCUUCUUGGCAAUGAUUUCCCACAUCCCAUCAUUCCUUGAAUACCUCCCUGGGCAGCCCCUUUUAGAGCUCAACCACCCUUUCUCUAAAAAAAUUCCCUAUUUCUGCCCAAAA